AUGAUUGGCAUCGUAAGCCACCAUAUCGCAGCAGUCAGCGCCGGAGCACAUCACCUGGAUGAGAGCCGAAAGCGACAACAGCCCAUGGCCACACACCCGAAUAACGUCCCCAAUCAGGCCGGUUUAUGCUAUUAACUUUAUUGUAAACUUGUUUCCAAUGAUCGCUCAUGCAAAUGUUCCCAAGUCUAUGCUAUAGAACCAACCAGUUCAUCCACUCUUUACGAUCAUGUUUUGACCGUAAAUUCCUUUGGAAAUCCUCAAUCAUCAGACAAGGCGGACCGGCUACCUGGUGGAGCGCAAGAUAUCAUUGCCAAUACUGCGUUCUGUCAGAGGACAGUACAGCAGAUCGUAAACCCGGCGACGUUGAGCCAAGACUUCACGAUGAUCCGUCCCGACCAAACUCUGCCUUUUCGAGUAAUCACUUCAGCUGCCUCCGAUGACCUCGAUCUCCAGGAUGAGGAGCAGCCCCCACUUCGAGCAAUUCCAGCGAGGGGCAGCCGAGGAACUGGCCCCACCCGAGAUGGCGGUGGUGAUGAACGCACCCGCCGGCUCGGGGGAAAACCCGAACAAUCGCGGCAAUUCUCCAAGCGAUGGCCGCGUCGGGUCUUGCCUCCCUCUCAGCCACGGUCGUGGAGACCAAUACCGGCGCCCAGAACGUGGUGGAUGCGUGGAUGAAGCUAGGCCAAAGCCCUGACAACAUACUUGUAGUCCGCUCCGAAAUGGCGGCCGCGCCGAUCGCGAAGUCGGUUUUGAUGGCCAUGAGGGCGCCGAUUAUCUAGGUCAAGACCACCAGUAUGGCCCUCUUGCUGUUUCGGAAGAUCCACAGGCCCAUCACCGUCCUCUUGAUCGAUGAAGCGGGAACAACAUCUUCGACCACCGUAAUGGCUCUACUGGCCACGACUCGCCAUCCAGUUGAGCGUCUACUCGCGGCCGGAGAUCCUCGACAGAUCAGCACCGGAAGAUCCACCGGCCCUCAACGUCUUACUCAUCGACAAGGCCGGCACAACCUCCUCGACCUCUGCGUUACCUCUGCUGGCUACAACCCGACACCCAGUCGAACGACUACUCGCGGCUGGAGACCCCAGACAGAUCAGCACCGCCUUUGAUGAAACCCUCGCACACCUCCAGCCCCUCGGUGAGAAAGCCGUCCAGGCGCCCGUAAGACCUUCCUCAGGGUUAAGGCGAAAUGUAAGACCUGCCUUCGGGUACAGGCGAGCGAUAAGAACUGCCUUCGGGUUCAGGCUGCAUGUAAGCCCUGCCUCCGGGUUCAGGCCGCCCCUAAGACUUGCCUUCGGGUACAGGCUGGAUGAAAGACCUGCCUACGGGUACAGGCACCCAUUGCCGUAGUAGUCCUUCACGCCAUGCUGGAAAGCGACCGCACCUCACACGCGCUGCUCGUAGGUGACCCUAAAUGUACAAGGCCAGGUGCUAGCUCGGACCGACCUGGUGGCUCAAGCGACAAAGCGCCCGCAGCCCCGAUUGCGCAAAGGAAACGGACACUGUAUAAUUUUUUGGCCGUAAUCAGAAGGCCCAGUCUCAGUUGCGAUGCAAAUCAACGGUGAGUUAGUCUCUGAGGCGAUUCCCUAGGGAAAUUUACUUGCACGUAAAGGGGACGUCCCCAGGCAAUUUUACUGGGACAUUUUCUUGCGACAUUACAGGGAUUUUCGAGCGGGAUUAUAAGGGAAUUUUUAGGAAUAAUAUAAGUCGUAUUUUAUGUCUGAACGAGCGGUGGUGCCGUCCAGGCUAUAUAUGUCUCCGAGCGGAGAAGAGUAAUCAGACAUGGACUUGCUCCCUGCUUCCUAAUGGUCAACGUGGUAACCCGAGGGAGGGACCAGGCCCAUUCAAAAGUAGCCAGAACAGCCUUGGGUAAGUCAAAACAUGUCUGAAGCAGGCACAUCAGAUCCAGGGGAGAUUGGCCGCCCUGGGUUGGGUGUGGACCCGCAACUGGUAGCAAAUUGACUAGAGUUCUCCCCUCGAUGGUUACAGGGCAAACCCAGCAACAUAUCUGUCCGGACAAGACGCUGAUUCAUCAACAUUUCUCCGCUAUCGAACGAGAAUUGGAUCUCCUGAAGAAAACAGCUAGAGCUGGCGGGCAGAUGGCUACUGUCUCCAUCGAGCACUCAACGAAGAGAUUUUUUACCUCGUAUUGUAUAGUACCAGAUAGUACUAUAAAGAGGAAAGCUAACAUGAUUUUCAAAAUCAGCACCCUCGAAAACCCCUAUAUCGAAUAUUUACAGAAAAAAAUCCAAAAAUUACUUCUUGACAUUACUACUUAAAGGACCACAAAAGGUAUUUUUUGAACCGAAAUUUGCUCGGCUAAAAUAUUGACUAUCAGGGAUUUUCGCGUCGAGAAAAUUCCGAAGAACAAAUGUUCUCGAUUUUUUUUGAACAAAAGAUUUUCUGAGGUUCUGUUCUGACCUCCUUGUACAGUGUGUAGCAACGUGAUUCGAUACAAUGGAGGAUCAUCCCUGACUUUGCAGCCUAAUUUGGACCUCUACCUCGAAAACAACAUGUAAGUCAAUGUUUUAGUGUUUCUGGCUAUUUUAGGCAAUUUUUACGACGACGAAGCAAGAAAAUGAGUUUAGUAUCAAAAUUAGCCAUCCAGGAGUGCUGGUGGUCGAGUUUUUGAGAAGAUUGAGUCAAAAAUGUUGACCAGAAUACCUAGUAUAAUAUCGUUUUUUCCAGGAAUUAA